AUGCGUCCAUUAACAGAACAAGAAGGAAUUUUAGUAUUUUCAAGAUUGAAAAAAUACAUUGGUGAAAGUUUAGCAAAUUUACUGGAACGUGAAGAUGGAAAAUAUGUCUUUAGAUACCACAAUAAUCGCGUUUUUUAUGCUACCGAUGUACUUAUGAAAGCAGCAAUGAAUAUUGAACGUAAACAAGUUUUGUCAUUUGGUACAUGUGUUGGAAAAUUUACAGGAUCUGGGAAAUUCUAUUUAAAGAUUACAGCUUUAAAUAUAAUUGCUCCAUUAGCUAAGCAUAAAGUUUGGUUAAAGGAUAAAUCUGACAUUCAAUUUACUAUGGGAAAUAAUGUUCUUAAAAGUCACAUUACAAGAAUGACUGAUGGUAUUGAAGUAAAUGAUGGAGUUGUUGUAUUUUCACGUGAUAAUAUUCCAUUAGGUUUUGGUAUUUGCCAAAAAAGUACCACUGCUGCAAGAGAUGCACCACCAACAUCAUUAAUUGUUUUACGAUAUGCUGAUAUAGGUGAAUAUAUUCGUUGUGAAAAUGAGAUUAUCCAAUAA